CUUUCUCCUUCAAACCGGCAGGCAUCCGGACACUCUCAAGAAGCAGUCUCUGCCGCUUUGGCUCAGCUGACCUGACCAUGUGAACUUAGCCCCUCCGGGUCAGGACUGGAGUUUUAAAAUAAAAUGGAUGAUGUGACAUUACUUGAUCUUCUGGAAUGCCCCGUGUGCCUCGAAAAGCUCGAUGUCACCGCCAAAGUCCUCCCUUGCCAGCACACCUUCUGCAAACCGUGUCUCCAGAGGAUUUUCAAGACCCACAAAGAGCUGAGGUGCCCUGAAUGCAGGACCCUGGUGUUCUGCAGCAUCGAGGCGCUGCCGGCCAACCUGCUGCUCGUGCGCCUUCUGGAUGGCGUGCGCUCGGGCCAGGGGGAGGGGGGAGGGGGCUCCCUCUGCAGGCCUGGCGUGCUGACCUCACAGGGCAGCAGGAAGAGCAAGACUCACCCCCGAGGUCUGCAGUGCAGCCCUUUCCAGCUGGUGCCUAACAUCAGAAUCCACAUGGAUGGGGUGCCGCGAGCAAAGGCCUUGUGCAACUACCGAGGGCAGAAUCCCGGUGACCUGAGGUUUAAUAAGGGAGAUGUCAUCCUCCUCCGGAGACAGUUGGAUGAGAACUGGUACCAGGGGGAAAUCAAUGGAAUCAGUGGGGUCUUCCCAGCCAGCUCCGUAGAGGUCCUCAAGCAGCUUCCCCAGCCACCCCCACUCUGCCGGGCCCUCUACAACUUCGACCUGCGUGACAAGGACAAGAGUAGGAACCAGGAUUGCCUGACCUUCCUCAAGGAUGAUAUCAUCACUGUGAUCAACCGAGUGGAUGAGAACUGGGCAGAAGGCAAGUUAGGAGAUAAAGUCGGCAUCUUCCCAAUCUUGUUUGUAGAGCCAAACCUCACUGCAAGACACCUCCUACAGAAGAACAAAGGCCGUCAGUCAUCCCACACAAAAGGCAUGUCCCUGGUGUCAUCCUCCAGAGGCAAGGCGACCAACGCACCCACACUCCGAAGGGGCCCAGGGUCCAGGAGGAAGGGGCCCGGGCAGUUCUCCAUCAUGACAGCCUUGAACACCCUCAACAGGAUGGUGCACUCUCCCUCGGGGCGCCAUAUGGUGGAGAUCAGCACCCCAGUGCUCAUCAGCUCCAGCAACCCCUCUGUGAUCACUCAGCACAUGGAGAAAGCGGAUGCUCCUCCCAGCUCUGUGGGGCAGGUCAGCACUUAUCACCCUGCACCUGCCUCCCCAGGACAAUCCACGGCCAUCAUCAGUCUGCCCGGCUCCCAGCAACACCUCUCAGCUAACAUGUUUGUAGCCCUGCACUCCUACUCAGCCCAUGGACCCGACGAACUGGACCUGCAGAAGGGAGAGGGCAUCAGGGUCCUGGGGAAGUACCAGGAUGGCUGGCUCAGGGGUGUCUCCUUGGUGACCGGGCGAGUCGGCAUCUUCCCCAACAACUAUGUCAUCCCCAUUUUCAGAAAGACAUCUAGUGUUCCAGAUUCCCGGAGCUCUGCUCUCUACGCCACGUGGACGUUAUCCACCUCCUCUGUGUCCUCCCAAGGCAGCAUUUCAGAAGGUGAUCCCCGGCAGAGCCAGCCCUUCAAGUCCGUCUUCGUGCCCACGGCCAUAGUCAACCCCGUGCGGAACCUGGCCGGUCUGGGGACCCUGGGGCAGGGCUCCCUCCGCAAGGGGCGGAGCAGCAUGAGAAAGAAUGGAUCCCUGCAGAGACCCGUCCAGUCAGGGGUCCCCACCCUCGUGGUGGGCUCCCUCAGACGCAGCCCCACCAUGGUCGUCCGGCCUCAGCAGUUCCAAUUCUACCAGCCACAGGGGGCCCCCUCCUCAGCCUCGGCGGUGGUGGCGGAGAUGGGACCCAAGCCCACUGCCACUGGGGAGCCUGCCCUCACAUGCGUCAGCAGGGGCAGCGACACCAGGAUCCACUCGGCGGCCAGUUCCCUCAUCAUGGAAGGCAAAGAAAUCCCCGUCAGGAGUGAGCCUCUACCAAAACUGCCUGCAUCUGCCCCGCCAUCCAUCCUGGUGAAACCAGAGAACUCAAGAAAUGGCAGCGAAAAGCAAGUCAAAACCGUGAGAUUUCAGAAUUACAGCCCUCCUCCUGCCAAACAUCACACCUCUGGGAAGCCUGAACAACCAGGCACCCCGAAGGGGUCCCAGCCUGAAGCAGCCCCCUUGGGCCCAGAGAUGACCGUCCUAUUCGCCCACCGAAGCGGCUGCCAUUCUGGACAGCAGACAGACCUCCGGAGGAAGUCAACCUUUAGCAAAAUCAUGACCCCAGCGCCCACUGCCUCGACCACGCAGACCAUGUUUCCCAGCAAAUGAAUCUACAGGUGGCUUUUCCUAGACCCCAAAGAGGUGAAUUGCAUUUAAAUACAGUAUGCCUCCACUGA